AUGGCGUUUAAAACCUCCUUGCCCUGCAGUGACUGCUCAGACUGUGGGAGGAGUUUUAAUCAACAGAGUACACUCAAAAUACACCAGCGCAUUCACACAGGAGAGAAACCUUAUUACUGCUCAGACUGUGGGAAGAGCUUUAAUCGACUGGAGACUGUCAAACGGCAUCAGCGCAUUCACACAGGAGAGAAACCGCAUCAAUGCUCGGACUGUGGGAAGAGUUUUACUGAACAGAGUGCUCUCAAAAUACACCAGCGCAUUCACACAGGAGAGAAACCGCAUCACUGCUCGGACUGUGGGAAGAGUUUUACUGAACAGAGUGCUCUCAAAAUACACCAGCGCAUUCACACAGGAGAAAAACCGUAUCACUGCUCAGACUGUGGGAAGAGUUUUACUACACAGAGUGAUCUCAAAAAACACCAGCGCAUUCACACAGGAGAGAAACCGUUUCACUGCUCAGACUGUGGGAGGAGUUUUAAUCAACAGAGUAAUCUCCAACGACACCAGCGCAUUCACACAGGAGAGAAACCGUAUUACUGCUCAGACUGUGGGUACAGUUUUACUCAACAGAGUCAUCUCAAAAAACACCAGCGCAUUCACACAGGAGAGAAACCUUAUUACUGCUCAGACUGUGGGAGGAGUUUUAAUCGACUGGAGACUGUCAAACGGCAUCAGCGCAUUCACACAGGAGAGAAACCGUAUCACUGCUCGGACUGUGGGAAGAGUUUUACUGAACAGAGUGCUCUCAAAAUACACCAUCGCAUUCACACAGGAGAGAAACCGUAUUACUGCUCAGACUGUGGGAAGAGUUUUAAUCAUCACAGUCAUCUCAAAAAACACCAGCGCAUUCACACAGGAGAGAAACCGCAUCACUGCUCAGACUGUGGGAAGAGUUUUACUACACAGAGUGAUCUCAAAAAACACCAGCGCAUUCACACAGGAGAGAAAAAUGUCCCAAAUUUGUCCCAUGGCAAUUAAAAGCGCAAAUCAUAAAUUCCACCAGAAACAAAUAUGAACUGUAUUUAACAAUGGAUUUUACAGGUUCAGCAAAACUAUUCUUAUCCAGGGAUGAUGUGUAUAGAAUUCCAUGUUAUGUUUGUAUGUCUUGUAAGUUUGAAUAUUCCAGGACAUUCUUUGUGAGACAGAGCUCAGUUUUUAGGUUAGUUACUGUUGCGCAGUAAGGUUACAGGCUCAUUCACUCCCUCUGCUGGUGUUCUUGUUUGUCUAUGGUUCAGUCCAAUUAAAAAUCUGUUACUAUAGAGGGAUAUAGAGGGAUAUUUGGUUGUGUUGUAUUACUCAAGUUUUAUACUCUCUUAUCUUUUCCUUAUUGAAUAUUAAAUGUUGCUUAUGGUUUUUUUAAUCUCCAAAGUUACUAAGAAUAUCCAAAUAAUGUAGUUUCUUAAUUGUUUUUAUCCAGUACAAACUAUUAUCUUUGUAUUACUUCACCUCUAUAUUUACCCAUGUGUGUUUUAAUAAACGGCUUUUAUAUUGCA